AUGGGCCUGUCAGCAGAGACCAUCAUCGCCCUGGUAGCUCUGCUAGUUGCCUGUGUCCCCGGUCUAUGGUUCAUGAUCAAACAUAACGCUAGCAUCCGCCGAUGGUGGAACAACACCCAAGUGAUAGGAGACUCGAUCCUACCUCAUCCGUCCCACACGUCCCGUACCACUAGUUUCUACAAUCUCGGCUCGUCCCGCCGAUCCACCCACGGGCAAACCAUACUGCCAUUCUUCAACCCCUUCGAUCCCAUCCUUUACCGAUCCAGUCCCUCCCGAGCAGGGCCCACGCCCCAACAAUCAGAAAUGACUUUUAUUUUCUACCGGGCGAUCGUCGACAUGGUUCCGGACAGAGAACAGCCUUACGCAGGUGUCUAAAGUGAAGAUCAGAGUUGAUGAGGCUGUUCAUCAUAGGAGGCGGUUUCCCUAUCUCGAUGUACGAUUUUUUCCAUCUUGUUCUAUAGACCCGCUGCUUGUAAUGUCUGAUCUAUACCCCUUCC